AUGGCCCAUCAGGCAGAAAGACUACCGUGGCAAGCUUUGGCCUCCAUCUUCGACUUGAAGCCUACCAACCCCUGUCAACACGAUGCUCCCAACCUGCAUCCACGAGAUGAACCAGAGACAAGACAAAAGCUAUCUCAAUUUCUCGACGCAUUCAUCAAAAAUGCUUCUUUAGAUGCGCAACGAGAGCGCAAGAAGUACCCGGAGAAAUGCGAUCCUCUCGACGUUGGCGUCUUUUUAAAGAGCAUGACUGGCGAGGAUGAGGAUGAAGGUCCACGGGCGCAGUAUGACAACCCCCCAAAGGAACAUGUUAUUUUGACGGACGAAUUGGUCGACAAGAUCACACCAACAGUCCAACGGUGGUAUCCCAAGAACAAAGACGGUUCUGUGUCUUCAAAGUUUGAUCAGGGACUACAAUGUCCGCACAUCAAUGAUUCCGACAAGUGCGAGUGCGUGCUGCCGCGCAAAGAGCGUCAACUCGCAGCUUUCCAAAGAGACUACUAUCCCAACGACUGUUUUGAGUUUUACGGCCACAACGGCGAGGCAUAUCGCAAUUUGGAAUUUGUCAAAACACUAAUACUACUCGGAGAAAUGGAUCCAGUACUCCAGGUCUGCUCAACGGAUGAGUGUUAUUUGGCUAAAUGGUGGAACGCCGGUCCAUGCUAUUGUGAGGAUUUCACCCUGGGAUGGGAUAUGAUAUGCGACUAUGCUAUCAAGAUGUAUCUGACUCUCAAUAUCCUCUACUGUUUUCCGGAAACAUGGCAGACCGGCGACGGUUCACCUGUUGACGACUACCGUGGCCUCGCAUCAUACCAGAUGGCUAUCCGGCUUUGCACGCUCUCCUCAGGGUGUCAGGUCGCGACAUAUCCUCACAGAGACGUAUUUGGCAUUCAAGACAAGCAAUUCGACACCUAUCCAAAGCCAUUCGACAUGUCUCGGUGGAAGCAAUAUCUAAAGGUAGAUGAUUCAUUUGUGUCUCGGGCAGACUGGGACCUGGGUCCCGAGUUCGUCAAACCUUUGACCUACAAGCUGAAAUUCUACCCAUACGGACUAAUAACCUACGACGAGUUGCUUAACUUUGAGAAACCAGCCUCUUAUCAACCCCACACAAACGAUGUCUCUCAUGUCAGAUGGAUGCUGGGCCAAAAGGGUCUACCAACAGAGCUAGUCGACAGCAUUAUCACAACAGCCGGAUAUAGCCCUGGGCGAAGUUUGCCUGUCGACGGCAGACCGUUUCAUCCUGGAAACAAGGCCGAGCUGGACCGUUACCUUGAGGAAUGCUGGCAGCUCAUUGUCCGGUGUUUCAUGCUCGGUCGUGAACUAGAGAAUGAGGAUGUGGAUUUUGAGAAGCGCAUACGACGCCUGUUCAAGGCCUGCAUUCAGGAGGUCUUCAGAUGCGAUUGUAAUGGGAGUGUUGAGCUGUUUUAUAAUUUUGAUGGCCAGUUUUGA